AUGAAAAUUCUUAACAUUGAUGAAGGGUGCGAUGAAGAGAAUAUUAUGGAGUGGCUAAACUGCGAUAGUGAAGACUCUGGAUUCCAAAUAUUAACUGAUGAAGAAAUCAUUGAGAAUUUAAACAGUAACGAGAGAGAAGAUGAAGAAGGGACUGAAACUGGUGAUGUAUGUCAAGUACCUUCUCACGCAGAAGCUUUUGAAGCUCUAGAUGUUGCUUUUAAGUGGUUUGAAAGACAGGACGAAUCGGAUCCCAUACAGUUAUUACAACUGAAGCGCAUCAGGGACUUGGCUGCGAGAAAAAGAUGUGAUUCAUUACGUCAAAAAUCUAUAACAAGCUAUUUCCAACUAAAAUUUUAA